AUGGUUAUUUUUUUGAGUGUAACUCAAAUUUUGGCCACAGACUACGAUGCGCUAAUCGAGGAUCCUGAUAUCUACUCACCGUGCACCAAUGGUCAACCUGGUUCGGUUUUCAUCAAUGACGCCUUCAAUAUGGACAAUAUGAAGAUAGAACUGGAUGCUGAUGGUAUCCAUGUAUCAGGGAAUGGGACUGUCAAAUGGAGUUUUCCGGCUACAGAUAGGAUGGGCUUCAGAUUUAGUGUAAUGAAGUUAAAUCGUGGUUCUUGGGAACCGACAGUGUACAACUGGAACGUUCCAGACUUUUGUUCGGUGAUGUUUGAUGAACAACAAUAUUAUUACAAGUAUUGGUGGAAAUAUAUUCGAAAUCGCCAGGAAGUUGAAAAGAAUUGCCUUAAAGUUAAAGAUACCAUUCUAGAGUUUGAACCUUUCAUUAUGAAUCUGCGCCUAAGCGAUGUCAGUGAUCCGAACUUAAAGGGAAGCUAUAAAGUUGUGGUUGUCUAUGAGGCAUUCGAUGAAAAGGAUGUCAAGCGACCCACAUCCUUGUGCUUUGAGAUAAUGUGCACGCUGGAGAAGGUUCAACCGAAAUAA